GGAGGCUCAAGUGGCAGAACACUAGCACAGAAGCCCAGGGACAGCCCUCAGGCCCGGAGUUCAAGCCCCAGAGCUGGCAAAAAAUAAAAACAAAACUUAAAAAAGUUUCCUUUGCAUUUCUCCACCUCUCCUAGCUAGUUGCCACCUGCCACCCUCCACUCCAGGACUUGAGACUCUUUCUCAUCUUUGAAUGUAGUGAAACUGUGCUUUCCUAAUGUGAGCUCUGUUUUAUAGAAGAGCUUGGUUAUUUCUUUACAUAAGUUAAAAAUACAUUGAAUUUCAUUAAUACAAUUUAUAGUAACUUAAAUUGCAUGGCUUCAAUUCAUUUGCCUUGUCUAUUCUGAAAUGUGUAUACCUAUUUUGAAAACAUAGAUACGGAAGCAUCAAGAAAUUUUGAGGUAGCACAGAUGGCCAUGGACACAGUGACAAACAGGAAAGAAGUAAUUUUCUGAGAGAGUGGAGGACACGAUUAUUCUCAACAUUGUUAACUCUGUGCUCUGGUUUCCACGGCAGGAAAAAUUCCUACUGGUUUAAAUUAAAAUGGAAAAAUAUGAGCAUCUAGGAUUGGUUGGAGAAGGGAGUUAUGGAAUGGUGAUGAAGUGUAGGAAUAAAGACAGUGGAAGAAUUGUGGCUGUCAAGAAGUUCUUAGAAAGUGAUGAUGACAAAAUGGUUAGAAAAAUUGCUAUGCGAGAAAUCAAGUUACUAAAGCAACUGAGGCAUGAAAAUCUGGUGAAUCUGUUGGAAGUGUGUAAGAAAAAGAAACGCUGGUACCUUGUGUUUGAAUUUGUCGACCACACCAUUCUUGAUGACUUGGAACUCUUUCCCAAGGGGCUAGACUACCAAGUUGUCCAAAAGUAUUUGUUUCAGAUUAUUAGUGGAAUUGGAUUUUGUCACAGUCACAAUAUCAUACACAGAGACAUAAAGCCAGAGAAUAUCCUCGUCUCCCAGUCUGGCGUUGUCAAGUUGUGUGACUUUGGAUUUGCCCGCACACUGGCGGCCCCCGGGGAGGCUUACACGGAUUACGUGGCCACACGAUGGUACCGGGCACCCGAGCUGCUGGUCGGCGAUGUCAAGUAUGGCAAGGCUGUUGACGUGUGGGCCAUAGGUUGCCUGGUAACUGAAAUGCUCAUGGGGGAAGCCCUAUUUCCUGGGGAGUCUGAUAUCGAUCAACUAUACCACAUUAUGACAUGCUUAGGUGAUUUAAUUCCAAGACAUCAGGAGCUGUUUUAUAAAAACCCCGUGUUUGCUGGAGUGAGAUUACCUGAAAUGAAGGAACGCGAGCCACUUGAAAGACGCUACCCUGCGCUCCCUGAGGUCGUGAUAGAUUUAGCAAAGAAGUGCUUGCACGUGGAUCCAGACAAAAGACCUUUCUGCCCUGGGCUCCUGCACCAUGCUUUCUUUCAAGCGGAUGGGUUUGCUGAGAGGUUUUCUCAGGAACUUCAGUUAAAAAUACAGAAAGAUGAAAAGAAUAUUUCAUGUAAAAAAUCCCAAACCAGAAAGAAGGAAAAGGAAAAAGAUGAUUCCCUUAGUGAAGAAAGAAAAACACUUGUGGUACAGGACACCAACAGUGAAUCCAAGGUCAAGGACCCGAAGCUGUGCCCCUUGAAAGCGCCCAGACCUGACGGAGAAAGAGUCAGCCGAGCCUCCAUCGCCAGCGGCCUCCCCGCCCGAGCCGGCCCCGCCGUCCAGAACCCCAGUUGCAGAGCGGAUGAGAAAACUAAGUAUUGCAUUCCAGUUGUGAAACCAAAUAAGCACUCUCCGACAGGCGUUUAUAACAUGAACGUGGCUACUGCCCCAGUCUCUAAUGAAAAGAGCCUCCUUCAGGCAAAUAAGAAAAGAAAAGAACACGUGAAAGCAGAUGUCCAUUUGCCUGAGCUAAACUACAGCCAUCUCCCUCAGCUGAAAGCCUUAGAAGGCAUGGCUCGAAAUUCUAGGCUAAUAAAGAAAGAGAACAGAGCUCUGUUGGAAACUCGGAUUCCUUCGCUGGCUGCCAUUGACCUGCACACCCCCAGCACUGCAGUGUCACAGCCAUCGGGACCUUUCCCGUCAGCUGAUUCAGAGGCUGAUCUGCCUCGGAUGGAACACCAGCACUGACAGUCAUCUUAAUUCUCAACAGGAUGCUGCUGUCAGCGGGGAUGAGGCCCUCUUGCAGCGGGAGUGCUGGCGUCCGGGAGGAGCGCACCCCGCGCUGCUUGUGUUUGGAUGA